UGACAUUUGACAAUUGGGGGCUGCGCAGUUGUCUCUUUGCCAUAAAUAAAUAAACAUUGCGUAGGUUGAAGUUUCGCAACUUUAAUGUCAGGUUCUUUGCCAAAAAAUGUCUCACAGUGAUAGUGAAGUGAACCGGACGAAAGGGGAGUUCAAGAAGAAGCUCCAUGUGGAAUUAAAAGCUAAGAAUUUAAUGAAAAGUCAGAGUUAUGCCGCCCUGAAAAACAAAAUGAAGACUUUGCGAGAUGCCCGUCUUCUUUUUGCUGCUGCUAGCAACAACACCGAAAACAUCGAGAAACAGUUAGCUCUGGGGGCGAGCCCCAACUCUGCAGAUACGCACGGAAGGAGCGCCCUUCACAUAGCUGCAAGUAAGGGGUACAAAGACGUUGUGAAACUUUUGUUAGAAAGGGGCGCUGAUCCAAACCAAAACGAUAAACUGUGCAACACCCCGCUUCACCUAGCAGCCUGUACACACAAUCUUUCCAUAAUCUCGUUGUUAUUAAACGCAGGAGCAGAUGUGAGAAAAUUGGACUUGUAUGGGAAAAACCCUGUGCAACUUGCGGAAAGUAAAUUGCACAUUUUGCGGCGGAGUUGGAGGGACGGGUCAAUUGAAAUGGUGCAAGUUCUGACAGAGUUGCAAUUGAUUGUGGACAUACUCAUAAGUGUGUAUAAGCAGCAGACUCCGGGAACCAACGUUGACAAUCUCCAAAUGAUGAAGCUUUCCUUAAAUUCGGAGGCGCCAGAGACUGUAGAUGACCAAAUGUCCAAACUAUUAAUGGAAUUGCAGGGAGUCAAGAUUUCGUAAUCUCAUCUUAUUUAUUUAAAUAUUGCUUUACAAUAUUAUAAUCACAGAAAUAAGUUUUAAUUUAAUACCAUGAUUUUGUAACAAUUUCAUUUUUUUUUUAUAAUUUGAGCAAACAAAAUCCGUGUACAAAUAAAUAACAAACAUGGUGAAGUUUAAAAAA